UAUGAGGUCUUGGUCUAGCCACCCACCAUUUCACUGCACUUCUUCAUGGAACACUCUGCAUAAAGUAACUGGUAGUACUCUGUGGUAACUGCUAUGCAAGUUACAGUCUCUCGUUAUAUAAAGAUUUAGACAGAAUGAUUCCUCGAAUCUAAGUACCGGAUGAGGGUUGGCCAACUCUUGGAUUUUAACAAUAAUGCACCUUUAACCGUCAGGUGGAGAUUUAUCAUUGGACAUGGUUGUUUUGACAAUUAUCAGAAGACGCUAAGAACGAGAGACUACGUGAACUGUGUAUACAUACAACGAAGGGGAGGACUUGAUCAUUUACUCGAAUGUGGUAGGUGGGUUGAUUACAACACAACACUUUGAGGCGGAUAAUGCUGAGCAAGGUACCAGCUAUGAUACCUAAAUUUACCACUGAAUACAAGAAAACUGAAAAUUUUUAUAAUUUUUCUUAUAAUUUUAGAAAGUGCGGAUCUUUCUUAAUCUCACUGGAUACCGAAGUUUUUUUUAAUAAAGUUAU